AUGAUCAUCGUCAUCAUCGCGAGCGCGGACCCAGUCGCGGAGGAAGACAGCGCCAGGCUAUUCGAAGAGCCGGUCGACCGAGGUGACAACACUCCAGGUCGAGUACUAUGGCGACUGCUAAUGACGAAGAAGCCACCCCUCCGGCUAAGCGACGAAGGACCGACGAUGGACCGGGAAAACAAGUCCGACUCCGCUGGACAGAAGCCGCCCUAUAUCGACGAGAGCUUGUAUUCCAGACAACUCUACGUGCUCGGGCGCGACGCUGUGGUGCGGAUGGCGCAAUCGGACGUGCUCAUUUCAGGCCUGGGUGGCCUAGGAGUUGAGGUGGCCAAGAACAUCAUUCUGGCUGGAGUGAGGUCGGUUACCCUUCACGACGAAGUGGUAUGCACCAGAGUCGAUCUCUCAUCUCAGUACUAUCUAAAUGAAGAAAACGUGGGGCAGAAUCGUGCCGAGGCUUGCGAGGAUCCGCUGGCACGACUCAACGAGUACGUCCGAGUCACGGCCCACACCGAGCCACUGAACGAAGAAUUCUUGAAGCGGUUUAACGUGGUGGUGUUGACAGAGACGUCGUUGGCUGAGCAAAUGUCCAUCUCUCUCAUCGCUCGUCGGAACAACGUAGCUCUCAUCGUCGCCGACACCCGCGGACUCGCUGGGCAGAUCUUCUGCGACUUCGGCGACAACUUCCGCGUGACCGACCCCAAUGGAGAGCAGGCACUGUCUGUUCCGAUCGGCUCCAUCACGAAGGAACAACAAGGCAUAGUUUCCUGCCCAGAGGAAACGCGGCACGGUCUCGAAGACGGGGACUACGUCACCUUCUCCGAAGUCAAAGGCAUGAACGAGAUCAACAGCAGCCCACCAAUGAAAAUCAAGGUGCUAAGCCCGACCGAAUUCUCUGUGGGUGACACGACGCAGUUCAGUGAUUACACCUCAGGCGGCUUCGCAACGCAAGUUAAAAUGCCGAAUGACAUAAAGUUCAAGCCUUUCAAGGAGUCCAUGAUGAACCCAGACUUCAUUGUGUCAGACUUCGCGAAGGUGAAUCGCCCUGCGCAACUUCACUUGGGGUUUCAAGCGCUUCAUGCCUUUGAAAGGUUCUAUUCACGCCUUCCAAGGCCAUGGAACAAGGAAGACGCUGAAACUGUGGUUAAGUUGGCCAAGAAACUCAACACAACGAUGGCCGCACCGGUGGAAGCCGUGGACGAUGAACUAAUCACGAAGCUAUCCUGCGUAUCUGCCGGCUCCCUGUGUCCGAUGCAGGCGGUUAUCGGAAGCAUUGCAGCGCAAGAGGUUCUGAAGGCGUGCAGUGGCAAGUUCAACCCCAUCCAACAGUGGUUCUACUUCGACGCUUUCGAGUGCCUCCCGCAAGAUGCAGACGUAGAUGAAUCGGACGCCAAUGCCAUGGAAUACUCCAGAUACGCUGGGCAAGCCCGUGUCUUCGGCGUAAACGUGCAGGAAUUACUGAUGACUCAGACAUAUUUUGUGGUGGGUGCUGGAGCCAUCGGCUGCGAGCUCCUAAAGAACUUCGCCAUGAUGGGCAUUGGAGUGGACGAUGGCUGCAUAUAUGUCUCCGAUAAGGUCUCCGUUCAGCGAUCAGACCUCAACACGCAGUUCCUACUGCGGUCCCAAGACGUCGGCGCUUUGAAGUCUGUCAUGGCCGGGCAAAGCAUUGUCGAACUUAAUCAAGAUAUCAACAUCGCCGUCGGAGUAGACGAAGUGGGUCCGGAAACAAAUAUAAUCAGCGAUGACUUCUUCGAGUCUUUAGACGGCGUGGCCAUUGCAGUUGACAACGCUGAGACGCGUCACUACAUGGACCGGUGCUGCGUACACUAUGGGAAGCCGCUCAUCGAUUCCGGCAUCAUGGGCACAAAAGGGAGCGUGCAGGUGGUUGUACCACACAUAACCGAGAACUACUCGGCUUCUCAGGACCCGCCUGAAGAGUCGGUACCAGCUGAUACCAUCAAGUACUUUCCCAGCAAUAUCGAGCACAUCUUGCUGUGGGCCCGUGAAGAAUUUAAGGUCCUGUUCGAGCAGAGUGCUGCAAAUGCUGACCGGUAUAUAAGAGAUCCUGAUUUCAUUCCAAGGGUUCUGGAAAAGUUGCAGCUCAAAGAAAAGGUGGCGCUGUUGAAAGAAAUAAAGGCAAUCCUAGUAGACGAGCGGGCGUCUGGUUUCGGCGACUGCGUCUCUUUCGCCAGGCUACGCUUCCAGGAGCAGUACAACGACCAGAUACGGCAACUGCUACGCUCCCACCCCGAAAAUCAGAUAACGACGUCUGGCGCUCCUUUCUGGUCCGGCCACAAGCGAUGUCCCCACCCAAUUCAGUUCGACCCCAAGAACACGCUGCACAUGGACUACAUCGUGGCGGCGGCGAACUUGCGGGCAGCAAUGUACGGCCUUGCACACAAUACCGACCGCGAAGAGAUCGCCGAUAUGCUCGAAAGUGUGGAGGUUCCGGCACUGGGCCCGCAAAAUGAAGGCGUGCAAGAGGCCGCCAUUGACGCGAACCCACCACAAACCGACGUCCCACAACCCGAUGAUGACAACGCGCUUGCAAAACUUCUGGAGGAGCUGCCCCAUCCAAAGCGCCUCGUUGACGUGCCUCUCAGCAAGAUGGAGUUCAAUACAGAAGACGACAAGAACUUUCACGUGGACUUCAUUGUGGCUGCCGCCAACCUGCGCGCCUCCAGCUAUAACAUUGAGCCGGCAGACCAGCUUAAGAGCAAGCUUAUCGCGGCCAAGAUCAUGCCGGCUAUCGUCACCACCGCGUCGCUCGUCGCGGGCCUCGCCUCCCUCGAGCUUUACAAGGUCGCUCAAAGACAUGACGAGCCUAAGCUAUUCAAGAAUGGGUUUGUCAACUUGGCACUGCCUUUCUUCAGCUUUGCGGAACCCGUUGCGCCCAUAAAGAAAAAAGGCACCUAUAACGACCAGGAAUUCACGGUCUGGGACUAUCUCGAUGUUGAAGGGGAGCUUACCCUGCGGGAGUUUCUCGAAUAUUUCCAGAAUAACCACAAGGUCAAUAUCGUCGAGCUAUCCGAAGGAUCCCGAACGCUCUACGCCACCUCUCUGCCGUCGUCCGCGAGUCGCCUCGAACUAUCCAUGAGCGAAUUGGUCGAGGCGGUGUCCCAACAAGAGAUCGAUCCGGACAAGCGCUUCCUGGUGUUUGACCUCAAGUGUAGAGACGUGAAUGGUCGGGACGUCGAGCUUCCACGAGUACGCUACGAGCUGUCAAGGUAA